CGCGCAGCCGUCUAUUGUCUGCGGUGUUCUAAGGUUGCCUCAACUCGCUCUCAGCCACUGAGCUGCUCCUUCCUUCGCCCGGCCUGAGACUUGGCAGCAAAUGCUAUAACCACCUGCUACCUUUACGGCCUUCCCUGAACAACAUCAUCAGCUGUCCACGUCGCAGCUCGCACCCUCCUUCAUCAUGUACUCGGCAUACGACCCUCCCUCGUCGCGGUCGCCCGGUUCUCAUCGCCAUCAGCCACAGACGCUGCACCGCCAGCCGUCCCGACAGUUCGACGCCUACGGACAGCUCCCCACCGGUGGCCUGUACACCGCAGAAGACCAUGCCCGUGGCUAUGAGCAGCCGCGCAACUACGACCGCCUCAAUGCCACUAUUCACGGUGGAUAUGGAUACGACAUGGGAACGCCCGCAUGGAAUGCGACUUCAUUCGCCCAAAACACCGUCCUGUCCUCCUUGGGUGGCGCCGGCCGGAUUAAGCAGUCAGGGCGUGGAAGGAGUGCACUCCCAUCGGGAUGGCUAGAUCAGCCUCAGGGCCUGCCCAGUUUCGCCCUCCCUGGGUUGGGCUCUGGACACCCCAGCUCGAUGCUCAGCCAUGGAUCUCUACGACAGGACAAUUUUGCGCAAGACGUUGAUGAGGAGCUAAUCCCUACGGCUAUCGUGAUCAAGAACAUCCCAUUUGCCGUAAAAAAGGAACAGCUCGUCCAAUUGAUGACUGAUCUCCGGCUGCCUCUACCCUAUGCAUUCAACUAUCAUUUUGAUAAUGGCGUUUUCAGAGGGCUGGCUUUCGCAAACUUCACCACAGCCGAGGAAACAGCCCAGGUAAUUGAUACAAUGAAUCAUUUCGAGUUGCACGGCCGGAAGCUCCGGGUUGAGUACAAGAAGAUGCUACCGCUCGCUGAACGGGAACGCAUUGAGAGAGAGAAGCGGGAGCGCCGAGGCCAGCUGGAGGAGCAGCACAGGCCAUUGGGAGGGAAUCUUCAGACGCAGGCGUCAUUUGCCUCACUUGCAUCUCACAUACCUGCAUCUUCACCAUCUCCUGUAAACGGCCGACCGUCAAAGCUCGACGUCGACCUCAAUGACCCACAAGUCUUGCAGUUCUACUCGCAACUCCUACUUUUCAAGGAGACUGCCGAGCGUGAGAGCAUGACCUUCCCUCCUACCUUGGCACCAAGCCAACGGCGGAUCGUCCACACUCUCUCGCAUCAAAUGGGCCUAGCUCACGUUUCCAAAGGCUCGGGUGAGCAAAGAGCUGUCCACAUUUUCAAAGUCCACGACGGUGCAAACGUGAGCCCGCCUAUGCCGCAAAUGCCUACGAGUCAUGCGACUGAGCAACCACGCCGCGGACUCAACCGUGCCGCAACCACGGACUUCAGCGAUGUUCGUGCAUCCGAUGGAUUUUACAACACUUUUGGCAGACACACCGGACUUCUCGGAUUCCCUGAUUCUCCGGGCGGAUUAAGCGCUGCGCCGAACCUACGUGCCGCAAAAUCCUAUGCUGAUCUGCGUUCCUACACGCCGUCUCCGGUACCCUCGACCGCUAGCUAUCCUAUUGGCCGUCCUGGAGGACCGAAUAUGAAUGAUCUUGCAUUUGGGAGCACUUCAACGUCGACAAAUCCGAAUAGCACACCUACUGCAGCUUCGAUGGCUCAGCGCGAUGACAGUUUGCUGGAGAACGCGUUAGGACGGAUGCAAAUCGGUUCCACAUACGGGCAAGGAGGCAGUCCCCGUGCCUUGCGCAAUAUGACCUCCUGGGAGAAUCCAGGUCCUAUUGGAGGUCACCGAACUUUCAGCACAAACUAUGAUGAUCAAUCCCGCGACAGAGGUCAAGGUAUGCCAUCCAGGCAGCCUCGAGGUCCAAUUCCAGAGCGCUCUGGUUUCGGCUCCUCCCGUCCCAGACAGAAUGGUCAUCAUGGGCGAGGCAGCGAUGAAUUACCAAACAGCGUCGAAAUUGUGGUUGAGCACUGAGGGUAUUAGAGGAUGAUAGACCCUAGCGAGAAGGAGUUGUGAUCACCAAAUAACAUGUGAUGGAAGGAAGAUUUUGAUGACUGGUGAUGAACUUUACGGCCGAGGUGAUGGGAUGGCCUCGAAAUCGACCACUUCUCAC